AUGGAGUUUGAGAAGUACCAGACCCAUGUGAUUAUUGCAGCAACGACGUCACAGCACAAAGAACAACUGAAAGCUAAAGACGCUAUAAUCCAACGUCUCAGAAAAAAGAAGAAGGAUGUGUUUAGUGGCCUCCAGGAGAAGGUCCAGAAGGCGGUGCAGGACGAGACACCAGGCCAAGGCCAACUCUUUCCUCCGCGGGCAAGUGGAAAGUUUAAAGAACCAGGACCAGGAAAUAGAGAAACUGAAACUGAAACACGGAGCAGAGGAGCCUCCUGCAGGAGAGGAUCCAGGAGCUGUCGGAGGCUCUGUGCGCCUCAAACCAGAACAACUCAGACCUGGAGGAGCAGAAACCUGCAGGAGGUUCUCAGAGCAAAGAAGGAGGAGCUGCAGGAGGUUCUCAGAGCAAAGAAGGAGGAGCUGCAGGAGGUUCUUAGAGCAAAGAAGGAGGUGCUGCAGGAGGUUCUUAGAGCAAAGAAGGAGGUGCUGCAGGAGGUUCUUAGAGCAAAGAAGGAGGUGCUGCAGGAGGUUCUCAGAGCAAAGAAGGCGGAGCUGCAGGAGGUUCUUAGAGCAAAGAAGGAGGUGCUGCAAGAGGUUCUUAGAGCAAAGAAGGAGGUGCUGCAGGAGGUUCUUAGAGCAAAGAAGGAGGUGCUGCAGGAGGUUCUUAGAGCAAAGAAGGAGGUGCUGCAGGAGGUUCUCAGAGCAAAGAAGGAGGUGCUGCAGGAGGUUCUCAGAGCAAAGAAGGCGGAGCGGCAGGAGGUUCUUAGAGCAAAGAAGGAGGAGACCAGCCCAUGUCUGAAGAGGAGGCUGGGGCUGGUCUCUGCUGUUCUGCCAGAGGUCCAGGCUCUGACACAGACCAGGACUCAGUAG